CAAUCAGAAGCAGACAGUAGCACGUUAUAGUGAUAUUUGUGAUAUUAAAUAAAAUGAGCGAAGAGAAAGUACAAAAGUAUGGAUUUGGGAUUCGACAUUUACAAAUUCUAUGCAUGUGCAUAAAUAUGAUGACGUUGUUUAUCGCACGGGGCAGUAUGGGCGUAGCGGUUCUGGCUAUGACGGAUACAAACAGACAAAAAGAUUCCAAGGUUGAGAUAUACAAUUGGGACAAAAAGACACAAGGACUCAUACUGUCCUCGUUUUUCUGGGGCUACAUGAUCAUGCAGAUACCAGCUGGUCUCCUGUCCAAGCGGUUUGGCGGGAAACUGGUGUUGAUGGUCGCUUUGUUAACCAAUGGCUUCAUUUGUGGUUUCCUACCUUCGGUUAUUAAAGUGGGUGGCUGGAAAAUAGUAUGUGCCUGCAGAAUGAUUAUGGGUUUGAGCCAAGCCUGUUUAUACCCAGCAAGUCAAACGUUGCUUGGGCGAUGGCUGCCUGGACAUGAGAGGACAUCUUACACGGGGUUUGUAUAUGCAGGUAGCCAAAUAGGCAUCGUCAUAGCAAUGCCUCUGUCUGGUUUAUUAGCUGCAUCAACUAUGGGCUGGAAGUUGAUAUUCUACACAAUAUCUGCUAUAAUGUUCGCGAAUGCUUUGAUUUGGCACUUCUUUGCUGCAAGUACUCCGGGCCAGCAUCGUCUUAUGUCAGCUAGAGAGCAAGAAUAUAUUGAGAGCGGUCUAAACACGACCACUUCUAAAAGUUUCCACACACCGUGGCGUCGUAUUCUGACCACUAAAGCUUUUUGGGCAGUUUUGCCUGCUCAUGUUGGUUGUUCCAUUGUAUACAUACUGUUUUUUGUUGACAUGCCUACCUACUUGGAGAAGGGAUUGAAAAUCAGUUUGACUAAUAGUGCAACGCUGUCCGCUCUCCCGUACAUUGGCAUGUUAAUUGGUAUCAUAGUUUCUACGUUAGCAUGUGAAAAAAUGUUCAAUAAGGGAUUCCUGAGAUUAGUUACCUUGCGGCGAUUAUUCAAUACUAUAAGUAUAACCGGUGUGACUAUAGGAUUAAUAGGAUUAUCCUAUAUUGGGCCGGAUAGUCAAACUUUAGCUUUAGUAAUGUUGACAGUGACGCUUACUCUUUGCGGUUUCACCAAUGCUGGCUAUGUUAUGAGCCACUUAGAUCUAUCACCGAACUACGCUGGAGUUAUGCUUGCUCUCACAAACUUUGUUACAGCUAUGGGUGCAGUGUGCACUCCUAUUGUGACAAGUUUAAUUUUAAGGAAUGACCCUACUGAUGUUAGUCGUUGGAAAAUAGUAUUUUUAGCAGCGGCUGUAUUGAGUAUAGUCACUAAUACUCUCUAUGUGAUCUUCAUCAGCGCUGACCGACAGGAAUGGGACGAUCCACAUUACCUGGACAAAAAAGAUCCUGAGGAAAUAAAGCCAGCAUUAAAAAUUAACAACGAAGACGCCUCAAAAGUACAACAUGAACAAGAAAAACUACCCCAAGAAGAUAAUUGAAGAUUUGCGCUUAUUAAACUAUUUUGUAUUUUAUAUAAAAACUUACGAAUAAAAAUAAAAAUGUUUCCUAGCAAG